CAUAGCUAGUCCCUGCGGCUGCCUGCAAGUCAUCCAGGCCCAGGGCACGCCACUCAUCUCGGCAUCUCGCCGGGGCCACAGUCUCACUGAGCAGCACGAGCAAGCGCUCUGCUCUGGAUUUAGACUGCUUACGGGUGCGUACGAGCCUCUGUGACGGCGUCACCUUUUUCUUCAUGAGCCGCACCGGUAAUGCCGCCUUUUCCAACUCCAUUGCGGCCGCUAGGUGCAGGAUGGAAAUCACAGUUUCCACUAGCUGCCUUAGUGCAUCCGCCCUGUCGAUAGCUCAGCUGUCCAUUGUUUCGAGUGUGCAUGACCCAGUCAAAUUUUCCCUUUCUUUUUUCUGCUGCCGAGAUUUUCUUUUUCCGGCUGUGGAUUUGUCCCGCUCACUUGACAUGGCUUUGCCGCGUUCUGCGCUCCUCCCUGGUUCCAGACUGUUGCCCGUCUCGGAAUACAGCGAGACACGGACGGCGGAGAUCGGGAAUGUGGGGCCGGAGAAUCCGAUGUUCACAUGGAUUGAAUCUCUGGAAUGUGUUUGCUACGUUUUUAUCGGGCCGGGCGAUGUCUGAGCACGUCAAGGGAGACGUGUAAGCCAAGGAAGGGGAAAGGAAAUAACUUUACUUUCGGGCUCGUGGGCGUGGGCUUGGGCUUGGAUGAUCCAAUAGCAUAUGACGUCCAAGUGCUCGGAUUGCGUCUAGACUACGUACGCAGUUUUCGGGUCUGAACUCUUUGUCAUAGAUGGGUUAGAGCUGAAAGGGGACGCCGUUAGCAAUCAAUUA